GGAAAUCAACCAUGACGUUCUUGUUACAGGUCUCACUUGUUCUGGUUGUGAAGUUUUCCGGAAUAUGGGCGUAUUCCAGUGGUCCUCCGUCGAGCACGUGCGAGGACAUGGUUCCUCGUCACACGAAUAACAAAGCGCAGACUGGAGAGUCACCGUUCAAGAUCAGCGUGUCCAACAGUUCAUACACUGCUGGAGAAAAUCUCAAAGUGAACAUCUCCGGAACAAAUACGUUUAAAGGAUUUAUUUUGCAAGCUCGUAGAACUGACGGUUCACUCGCGUCGCCAGUAGGAGAAUUCGUCGAAAUCCCGAGUGGCGCUAAACAUUUGCAUUGCCGUGGUGGAGAUCCGAAGAACACAGUGACUCAUAAUAAUCCUGGCAAAACUGAGUGGAACUCCCGCCAGUUCACAUGGAUGGCUCCCGCAAAGAGUGCUGGAAACAUUACUUUUAUAGCUACCAUCGUUCAUAACUACGCCACAUUUUGGACCAAAAUUGCCUCAUCUGUAGUUGCUGGGCCACCAGCAGAGGAGGUGGAUUCAACUGAGAGCUUUCAGAUAAACAAAGAUGGAUGCGGUAAAACAAAAAGUUGCUACUUUGAGCCCGAGAGCUGUACGUCCAGCGGUGACUGCCAGUAUCUCGUGACCAUGAAACCCGUGGGGGAUGAGGAUAGUGAUGAUGGCGAGGUAGAAUUUGAGCUCAGCACUACAGGAGAGUGGGCGGCCAUUGGUUUUAACAGCGAAAAGAAUAAAAUGCCUGGUACCGAUGCUUUAAUCUGCGCUAAGGUUAAUAGGAAAGUCUCUGUGGACCACUACUUUAUGAAAGGUUACGAUACUCCUACCAAGACCACCCCUAGACCUGGGUCCUUAGUUCUAGAUGUUGGAAAAUCAUCAGGUGGAGUUUUGAGCUGCCGUUUUCGAAGAAAGAUGAAAGAUGAUAAAAUGGCGGACCUGACGGAGUCGUGGCAUCUUGUGUAUGCAAGUGGUCCCAUGAAUGGCGACGUCAUCGGUAAACACUAUACUACUCCAAAAACGAGUCCUGAGAAAGUCAAGGUGGUUGACAUCGGAACGCUUGGUGCAGAAAAGGAGGGCCCUGAAAUCAUACAAACCCAUGGUUGUUUGAUGGUGAUCGCGUGGGUUGGUUUCGCGUCGAUUGGAAUUUUCAUGGCUCGUUACAUGAAGGUCGCAUUUGGAGAGAAAGUUCUGUUGGGCACUAAAGUGUGGUUCACGGUAAGAUGCUGUUCUCCUCUUGACAAUGACGUCCGUAAAAUAACGUUUUCAGGAGAAGGCCUUGAAAGUGUAGAAGAACUUCAGGAGGCUGGUGCCCACCCAAUCACUGGUAUUAUUGUACUGGUGUUAGCUGUCAUUCAACCAAUAAUGGCAUUCUUUAGACCCCACCCUGGAGAGGCCAACCGCUUCAUUUUUAACUGGGCCCAUCGUGGUGUUGGGCUGUCUUCGCUUAUCUUGGCAGUGGUGACUGUGUUUCUUGGUAUUCGUCUUCCUGCCUCAAGCCUGGAUGACUCAGCCCUGUACGCCAUGAUUGUCUACUGUGUGGGCGUGGCUGUUGUGAUCGUGUUUGAGCUUUACCUUACCCUCAAGAAGGACAGAAGAGAAGCAAGUUUCAACCCGUCAGGAGGAGACAAAGAUGGUGGGGGUCAUGUUGUCAUUGAACCCGCUGGAGAUCAGUUUUUGCUUGCACGUCAGCUGAUGUUGGGGUUCUCAGUUGCUCUUGUAUCUGGUGUUGUCAUUGCUCUUGUGGUGCUGAUAGCAAUCGCUGAUGGAGAAGGAGGCCAUGAACACGAACAUUGAAUGCAUCAACUUAUUGGCUGAAUCUUGAUUAGAUUGAUAAUUAUAUAAUGAAAUUCCGAAAUUAAUCAACCCUGAUCUGAGUUCUUAAAACUAUUACCAGGUAUUUAAAUUUAGGUCCACUGAAUGGGUACAGAAAACUACGUACGUGGCUGUAGUCUUUGACCCGCUUUGUAGAUCUUGUUCUCCGCAGGGAACGUUGUGAUUCAAGUGUCAAUUUUAGGACCUGUGUCCUUGUAAUAACAGCGCCUAUCUUUUUUUCUUGCUUAGUCGUGGACAGUAUUUUCAGUUCUCCUCUUGUUAAAUAAGUCCUUUUCUGCGAGCAAUAGGUACAGCCAUAGAAAGACAUUCGAUGAUGAGUUACACUUGGUUGAAUAUAUUAUUUUGUGGAUGUAACAUGGAUUUAACAAAGAUAUGAUGUAGCAGUUUAAAUGCAUUUAAUAUACAACUUAACAACUUUAUGAUGAUUAAAAGUUUUAUUGUACUGUGAA